GGACAACGUCAUCGCUUCCAGUUAACUUCCUCUAUUUAAAAGAUGCUCUUGCACAUCUCAGCAUCAAAGCCUCGCUGUGUGACCCGGGAGGGAGUAUGUGACACUGACAGAGAGUGAGAGCAUCAAUCCGGGGGAACACAAACAUGGUUGCGGCUGUCGUUCUGCUGUGUGCUGUGUGGCUGCUCUGCUCUGAUGGGGUGGCACCGCAGCAUCAGGCCUGCCUGCCAAGUCCUGAGGUGGCGUGUUUUGUACCUGCGGACUAUCUGAAUGCAUCUGGUUCAGUCAGCGUUGAGAUGUCUGUCGGUCAGAAACUCAUCAUCUCCCUGCAGCACUUCUCCGAACACCCUGUUUGCCACUGGAUCCGAGCAGCAGACCCAGUAAUCACAGUAAACGGGAGUGAUUCCAUGGUCCUACCAACGUAUUCUGAGGCCUAUUCAGGGGAGUGCACACUGAGAUGUGAAACAAGCGAUGGGGCUGGUUCCUCGAUGAACGUGGCUCUGAAAGUGAUGAUGAAACGUCCCUCAAAACCAAAGCUGACCAUUCAAAAAGAUGGACGCAAUCAAAACUCCCCUUCUUUGACAUGCAUCUCUGAGGGCUCCCCAGAGCUCACUCUUGAAUGGUCUGGAGGAGAAGGUAGAGUGGUUUCUGCAAACAGUCGACCUGCAAGAAGCUCUUUAUCCACCACUCAAUAUUCUGAGAAAGGAGUGAUGUGCUGUGCCACUAACGCUGCAGGACAAGAAUGCUCCCAACUCUAUGACUACGACCUUGACAGAGACUUUAUGAAAGAUUAUGAGGUUUCUAAUGUGACCGUGAGCCCUGGUGAGCCUUUACUCCUUCGCUGUCGAGCAAAACACCCGUCUAUGAGGUUGAAACUUGGGUGGGAAAAGGACGGAAGAAAAUUAGACAUUGAAACAUAUGGAUGCUCUUCAAAUGUCAAGAACGAGAUCUGCAUUAAAUCUGACUCUCAUGAAGGAAGUUCGAUGUACUACCUGUUUUUCGAAUCAGUUGGCCUGGACCAUAGUGGCACAUAUACCUGCAGGACACCACACAAAAAAACAAAGUCUGUCAACAUUCACGUCCAAGCUGAGGGUUUCCUCUCCGUCCAGCUGAAUAAGAGCAAGAUCAUCCACGCUCACAACGCCUCCAGAUCCUGUCUGCAGGCCAGUGUUUCCUACCACCCUGUGCUGCAACACUGCUCCUGGGAGACUCCUGAUAAAGAAAUGAUCCAAUGCCAAAUGAAAACUUGGGUUACAAAACAAAGGACUGUGAUGCUAUGUGAUACCCUCAAAUCAGGGCAUUAUAAACUGCACCUGGAAGCUGGAGGAGUAAAAGAAACAAAGACUAUUUCAGUGUGUGUUGUAGACCCGCCAAAGUUAAGAUUCAGGAUUGACAACAACUAUGACAACUUGACCUUUGAGACUGAGACUCUUGUGCCAGCAAACUAUACCUGGAAGUCUUGUGUGAUGUCCAACGACAGCAGUGAAACAGAGUUUAACUGGAACGAGAUCCCUGAAGGCUCUCACACAGACUCUGACGUCUCAUGUCAGAAGACGAUCAGGAGCUCUCUGAGCAGAAGUCUAGUGAAUGGACACUGCGUACAGUUCUGCCUGACAAACUCAGUCGGCUCCUGGUGCGAAACGCAAUACUUAAUAACGGACCAUACACGAAUGUCCCCCAUAGCUGCUCUAGAUCUUGAUAACAAAACCAUAUUGUUGCUGAAAGUUGGCAGCUUGCUUCUGGUGCUGGCUUUGACAGUAGUUGUCGUGGCGCUCAUAUACUUUGUCAAAAAGAAGAAACCUAAGUACCAGUCUCAGCUUCAGAUGAUCCAGAUGGUUGGACCCAAUGACAAUGAUUACAUCUACAUUAACUUCAAGGAAUUUGGUUACGACAAGCAAUGGGAGUUCCCCAGGGAGAACCUGGAACUGGGUCCAGAACUGGGCUCGGGGGCUUUUGGCAUGGUGGUCCAGGCUACGGCUUACGGCAUCCACAAGCCUGGAGUCUCACAGCAGGUGGCCGUCAAGAUGCUUAAAGAGAAACACCAGACGGUGGAGAAAGAGGCCCUGAUGUCCGAGCUGAAGAUGCUGACUCACAUCGGUCAACACGCAAACAUUGUGAACCUGCUCGGGGCAUGCACAGACUCAGGACCCACAUACCUGAUUUUCCAGUACUGCUGUUAUGGAGAUAUGCUGAACUACCUGAAGACCCACAGAGAGCUCUACCACAAGUCUGUCACCGACGCUUUCACCAAGGACCGAUUCAGCAGCAUUUACCACAACCUGCGGCACAAGAACAGCUCUAGUGAGGGAGACAAAGCAGUGGAUAAUUACGUGCCCAUGCACAGCUCUAUCACCAGAGGGCAGGAGGACAUCGCCCUGCUCCCCAUCAACCCCGGCGACAUGGACAGUAUUGAAGACCCUUUGAUGUAUGAAGACCUGAAUGAUCUGAUUGAGGACACGCAGACUCUGACCUUCAACGACCUGCUCAGCUUUGCCUUCCAGGUGGCCAAAGGCAUGGAGUUCCUCUCCUCCAAGAAUUGCAUCCAUCGAGACCUGGCGGCCCGUAACGUGCUGGUGACGAAGGGCAGACUGGUGAAGAUUGGCGACUUCGGACUGGCUCGGGACAUCGACAACGACUCCAACUACGUCGUGAGAGGAAAUGUACGUCAGACAUUUACAUCGCAGCAUUUAUUGGUUGUAUUAGUUUUAUCCCUUCUCACACAUUUAAUGGGUGAACUGGCCUUGCAGGUGCGUUUGCCAGUGAAGUGGAUGGCACCAGAGAGCACCUUCCAGGGCAUCUACACCAUGAAGAGUGACGUCUGGGCUUAUGGCAUCCUGCUCUGGGAGAUCUUCUCACUUGGUGUUACUCCGUACCCGGGCAUGAAGGUGGACCACACGUUCUAUUCGAUGAUCGAGAGAGGAUUUAAGAUGGAGUGUCCUUACUACGCCAACGACUCUGUGUACGGGAUGAUGUGUAAGUGUUGGGCUCUGGAUCCCUGCGACCGGCCAACUUUCUCCAAACUGGUGUCCUUCGUGUGUGACCAGCUGACAGUCAGAGAGGAGCAGCUGUACCAUAACUUUCCCGACCAGACAUCCAGCGACUACCAGAACGCCUCGACCAUUUUGGACAUUUCUGCCUUGUCACAACAAAACGAGAACAAGGCGGCCAACAAUUACUGUCAAACCCACACCACUGAAGAAAGCAAAGCAGAAGUGUCCGACUCUGAGGCCGCAGAGGAGAAGCUGAAGACCUCUGAGGCAGACUGAUAACCUUUCACUGGAUGCACUGGAGAAAAACACGCAUUAAAUAUUCAGACUUUGGUAUUUUUCUCAUAGUAUCUCAAGAUAACUGGAGAAUGCACUUGCUUUAUACCCUUUUAUUAUAUCAUCACAAAAUAAGAUUUUAUGAAAUGUGGCCUGAAUAUAAAAACGUUGUUGAAUAUUGUUCAGAUGUGCAGCUAAAAUUAGAAACUGUUUCAAUGAUACAAAUUCUCAGGACUGUAGGCAUGUUAAAGAUGGAGUUGUUAUUUUUCACGCAUGCAUGCUGUAGCAACUGUUUGGUUUUACAUUUGAUCAUUAUGACAUGUAUUUGUAUGCUAUGGUUACAAUUAUGUGUGUGUUUUUUUUUAUACUAUGUCAGCAGCUAUUACUUAAACCACAUUUUGUGCACUUAUAUAUUGUUAACAAAACCAGCCUUUUCUACUGAGAAAAAAAAUGGUGGAUUUCUUAUUUGUCUUUUGUUUUUUAAGCAUUCGACCUGCAAUAACAUGCACAUUUCACAAUAAAAGGUUAACGACGA